AUGACGUGCUUGGGAUGUCCAGAUUUAUUCUAUUGCAGUCCACAUCAUAAGGAGCAUCGUAGUAAACUGAAUACAGAUUUGCAAGACUUGACUGAUAAAUGUAAUGCGUUUCUCGACGAAUUCGAAACACAAGUACAGGAUUCACAAAAACAUGCAGUAAUGAAAAUUAUUGACGAAUGGGAAACGAAAUCGAUUGAAAAAAUUAAACGACUAGCACAAGAAACCAGAGAGGAAUUGAUCCAUCAUGCCAAAAAAUUUAUUCCUGGUGUAAAAAUGCAAUUGAUAAGCUUAAGUACUGAAAUUCGCCAAGAUCCUGAUGAUGACGGAUUCGUGGACACUGAUAUAGAGAAUUGGAAGAAAGAACUACAGAGACUAAAAACAAUACUAAACAAUCCACCUGAUUUUACUGUUCGACAAGAUUCCACAGAAUUCAUAAGCAAGAUCUAUUUAAAAGUUGAGGGUAUGUCCAAUAUUCCUGCUAAUGCCAAAUGGACACAGGACGGAAUAACUGUUGCUGGAGGUAACGGGAAAGGUAGUGCAACUAAUCAACUCAGCAGCCCUUGGGGUCUCUUCUUUGAUGAUGAUCAAACGGUGGUUAUUGCUGACCACGGGAAUCAACGUAUCAUCCAAUGGAAGAAAUAUGAUACGACGAAUGGACAAGUUGUUGCUGGUGGCAAAGGUGAAGGAAAUGAAUUGAAUCAGUUGAAAUGGCCAACUGAUGUAUUGAUUAACGAAGAGACGGACAGUCUUAUUAUUUGUGAUUACGGGAAUCGACGAGUUGUAAGAUGGUCUCGUCAUAGCAACGCAAUACAAGGAGAGAUCCUCAUCGACAAUAUCGAUUGCUUUGGAUUAUCUAUAGAUGACCAGAGAUAUCUCUACGUUUCUGACCACAAAAAACACGAAGUAAGACGGUAUCAGUUGGGAGACAAGAAUGGCACUCUCGUGGCUGGUGGUAAUGGCGAAGGUGCGAAUCUCAAUCAACUCCACCAGCCGAGACAUCUCUUUGUCGAUCGACAACAGAAUGUUUACAUAUCAGACUGGCAAAAUCAUCGUGUAAUGAAAUGGCAUAAAGGUUCAAAAGAAGGCAUUAUCGUCGCUGGAGGUCACGGCAAUGGGAAUGCUCUGACACAAUUGAGUUCUCCGCACGGACUCUUCGUCGAUACGUUGGGAGCUCUCUAUGUAACAGACACGAUGAAUGAUCGUGUAAUGCGUUGGCCUCAAGGAGUGAAGCAAGGCACUGUAAUUGCGGGUGGAAAUGGUCGAGAAGCAGGAGCAAAUCAGUUCAACCAACCCGUUUGUUUAUCUUUCGAUCGACAUGGUAAUCUCUAUGUCGUCGAUCGUUUGAAUAAUCGUGUUCAACGAUUUUCUAUCAAAUAA